AUGUGGGGGUAUACUGCAAAUGGGAUUUUCACUGUGAGAAGUGCAUACUACCUACAACAAUCAUUGGUCAGACAGAUGAAGGGGGAGUGCUCGAGUAUUGUAACUGGUUCGAUAGAUUGGAAGCAUUUAUGGUCUCUAAAUGUCCCUAUGAAGAUUAAGCUGUUUGUAUGGAAAGCUGCUCACAAUGUUCUUCCUACAUUGCAAAAUCUGGCUAUCAAAAAGGUUGUCGAUGUUGACUUGUGUUCUAUCUGCAAGAGAGAAGUUGAGUCUGCACCACAUGUAAUAUGGUGUUGUCCUGCAGCUAGUGAUGUUUGGGCCAUGCCAAGCUGUCCUAAACACAAGUGGCCUAAUUUUUUCCCUGACUUCAGUACUCUAUGGAUUUGGCUAAGGAGAAACUACUUUGUGCAUGGAAAAGAUUUAGAAAGCCCUCAACAGGUGGUGAUAGUAGCUACUGCAGAUAGAGAUCUGUUUUUAUGUUCAUUAACAAGCACAGAUGCAACACCUUCUAAUAAUAUGAGUGACAGAGGAGACAUAAGGUGGAAAAAACCAGAAAUUAGAACAUUUAAGGCAAACUGGGAUGCUUCAGUGAGUACUGAACUCAAUAGAGCAGGUUAUGACAUUAUUAUCCGAGAUGAGCAAGGGAAUAUAAUGGUUUGUGUGUGUGCAAGCCACAAGCCAAUUGUAAAGCAUGUGAUGGCAGAAGGCCUGGCCUUAAGGAGGGCAAUGGAAGUUUGUGCUGAUUUGGGCUUGGGAAGGGUGGUUUUUGAAGGUGAUGCUCAGAUCAUUGUUCAGGCAGUGACUUCUGAUGAGGAGAUUAGUGCAGAUUAUGGGGUUCUUGUUAAUGAUGCUCGAAGUAUGUUAAGAACUUGGCCUCAAUGGCACGUUGCUUUUGUUCAUAGAGAGGCCAACUAUGCUGCACACUAG